AUGUGUCUUCCGAAACAGCUUGGAGGAAUGGGGUUUAGAGAUAUAGAAGAUUUUAACCAAGCGCUUUUGGCUAAACAGGCAUGGAAGUUGCUCCAGGAUCCGGAGAGUUUAGUGGUAAAGCUCCUCAAGAGCAGAUAUUUCCUUGCGACUUCUUUUUUGGAUUCUGUUGUGGGAAGUCGGCCAUCCUUUGCUUGGAGAAGCAUCAUGUGGGGACGAGAUCUUCUAGUCAAGGGUCUAAGGAAGAGAGUUGGGAACAGAAACACGGUAAGGGUUUGGACAGACCCUUGGAUUUUAGAUGGAGAACUGAGAGCUCCAUGGCGUUUGAUCAACCCGUUUGUCGUGAAUCUUAUGGCUAAGGAUCUCAUUGACCCUGUUUCAAAGAGGUGGGACAUGGCAAAAGUGAGAGAAAUGUUCUUCGAGGAAGAUGUUCAGGGGGUUUUAGAGUAUCAGCCGGUGACAAAAAGUGAAGAUUUUUGGGUAUGGAGACACAAUCAGAGUGGUGAAUACUCUGUCAAGUCUGGGUUUUGGCUGGCUUCUAAGAUCAAUAAAGAGGAAAUGCUAAGAGAAGCGGCAAUGCAGCCUUCUCUGAACCCACUUAAGGCUGAAGUUUGGAACCUUCCCACCACUCAGAAAAUUAGAAUCUUCUUAUGGAAGGUUUUAUGUGGAGAAGUUGCGGUGGGUGACAAAAUGGAAGAAAGAGGAAUGAAAGUUCAAAAUGUCUGUCAAGCUUGUGGGUUAGAUGGUGAGUCCAUUAAUCAUCUUUUCUUCACUUGUUCUUUCUCGAGACAGGUUUGGGCACUUAGUGUGUUACCUCUACCAAAGUCUGGUUUUUCAGAGUCUGUUUACGAAAACAUCAGUUAUCUUUUGGACCAGAGUAAGAAUGUUCUUUUGCCUCAAGAAGUGAGAAGAAGGUUUCCGUGGGUAAUCUGGUUCCUCUGGAAAAAUAGAAAUGAUUUGGCAUUUCAAAGCCAUCAGUGUAAUGCCAUGCCUGUUUCUCCGAGAAAGGUUAAAAGGUGGAGACCUCCUCCUGAUCCGUGGUUAAAGUGUAAUGUCGCUUGUGUUUGGGGUAAUGGAACGAGUAAAGGUGGUAUGGCUUGGGUGCUUCGUGAUGGAAAUGGUGUGGUUUGGGCACUUAGUGUGUUACCUCUACCAAAGUCUGGUUUUUCAGAGUCUGUUUACGAAAACAUCAGUUAUCUUUUGGACCAGAGUAAGAAUGUUCUUUUGCCUCAAGAAGUGAGAAGAAGGUUUCCGUGGGUAAUCUGGUUCCUCUGGAAAAAUAGAAAUGAUUUGGCAUUUCAAAGCCAUCAGUGUAAUGCCAUGCCUGUUUCUCCGAGAAAGGUUAAAAGGUGGAGACCUCCUCCUGAUCCGUGGUUAAAGUGUAAUGUCGCUUGUGUUUGGGGUAAUGGAACGAGUAAAGGUGGUAUGGCUUGGGUGCUUCGUGAUGGAAAUGGUGUGGUCCUUUUACACAGUAGAAGAGCUUUCUCUAAUGUUAACAUCAAGUUAGAGUGUAACUUCUUAGGAGUGUUAAUCAUCUUUUCUUCACUUGUUCUUUCUCGAGACAGGUGUGAGGUUCUCUCUCAGCCUGUUUCUCCGAGAAAGGUUAAAAGGUGGAGACCUCUUCCUGAUCCGUGGUUAAAGUGUAAUGUCGCUUGUGUUUGGGGUAAUGGAACAAGUAAAGGUGGUAUGGCUUGGGUGCUUCGUGAUGGAAAUGGUGUGGUCCUUUUACACAGUAGAAGAGCUUUCUCUAAUGUGAACAUCAAGUUAGAGUGUAACUUCUUAGGAGUGUUAUGGGCAUUGGAGAGCCUGAGGAGCCAUGGAGUUCUCCGUGUUGUGUUGGCAGCGGAAGUUGCAGUGGUUUGUGGAGUCUUGGAGAGACCAAAAGCGUGGCCGUCUUUCAGGAAACAGGCCUUGGAUUUCUCUUCGGUCUUGUCCUCUUUUGUUGGUUUGAAAGUUGAGCUGGAACCUAGAUGUGCUAAUAGAAGGGCUUUUCUCAUAGCCCAAAGUGUUAUUAGAGGUGAGCGACAACAUUCGUACGUCAUCCCUCUUGGUUAA